CGCCAUUUUAUUGCGCAAGUCAGCAACGGCCCGGGCCACACUACAUUCCCCAGAGGGCAUUGCGCACAGGACCCGGAUGACCCAUGGUCAGGGAAGGUUGAGUGUGAAGCUUGACCUUCGAGCCAUAUGAAUAAUGCAGACUAUAAAAUGUGUGGUUGUGGGCGAUGGUGCAGUUGGAAAGACCUGCCUUCUCAUUAGUUACACAACAAAUGCGUUUCCUGGAGAAUAUGUCCCCACUGUGUUUGACAACUACAGUGCACAGAUGACAGUGGAUGGACGAACUGUAAGCCUGAACCUUUGGGAUACUGCAGGGCAGGAAGAGUAUGAUCGUCUCCGCACGCUAUCCUAUCCACAAAGUAAUGUUUUCAUUAUCUGUUUUUCCGUUGCUAGCCCUUCCUCCUAUGCCAAUGUCCGUCAUAAGUGGCAACCAGAGGUUUUGCACCAUUGUCCAAAUGUUCCUAUACUUUUGGUUGGUACGAAGAAGGAUUUAAGGAAUGAUUCUGAAACCGUUAAAAAGCUCAAGGAGCAAAGCCUCUCUCCAACAACGAUGCACCAGGGAGUGACCUUAGCCAAACAGAUCAGAGCUGUUAAGUAUCUGGAAUGUUCAGCACUCAAUCAGGAUGGGAUCCGGGAAGUAUUUGUGGAGGCUGUGAGAGCAGUCCUCUACCCUCAUAAGAAGAAGAAAAGUAAAAAUUGUGUACUCUUGUAACCUGAAGGUGUGAAUAUCUUGGUUGCACAUAGAUUGGAAGCAUACUUCAAAGCCAAUGCAUCAGCUGUGCUUCAGAAUGCAUUGUGGUGUAACGCAAGAAUCUUGCACAAAUAAGUUUGUAUGACUGAAACUGGAAACUGUCAAAAUGCUGCUUUAUUUGCUGGGUGUUUUUACAGAAAUGCAGACCCUCAAUGAGAUUAAUCUGAAUAAUGGCACUGGACUCUAGCUUGCAAUCUCUGAGCUGGUCUGAAAGCUUGCCUUUUAGAAGCCACUUUAAGGAUCCCCUUUUCUUGUAAGGAUCUUCCUUGUGCUUUGUUUCCCACAAUUGGCUUUUGGUGAUUUUGGAGGCCAUGAUUUGGCUGCUUUGCUAUUAACAAACAUUUACACAUUCUGCUCAGUGUUUUGUUUAACAAAUGGCGACUGCUUUUCUUCCACUACUCAGGUUUCAAGUUAAUAUUUGCUUUUACAGAUAUUUAAUCAUUGGGUAACAGAACGCAGUUGAGAUUUCACCCAUUAGCUCUGCGAGAGGAUAAAUUGGCACGGCAAAUGAUUUCUAUUUAAAAUCCUGAACUAGUAUAUGUUAGUUUUAAUCCAUAUCAAAUAAUAAAAUGCAAGUCCUGCUAGUGCCAUAUGUAUUGAGACUGUCAAUAUAGUUCUAGCAAAAUAGCUAUUUUGCACAAUAACCUAAAAGUGACAGUGUUCAUUUAAAAAUUGUCAAAUUUAAAUUGUCUGAAGAUCUCAGAUGGCUCUCCUGUAGUGUAUUUAUGAAAUUGUUUACUUACGUAAUUGAAUCCUCAAUAGCCCCAUAUACAUUGGUACAUAGAAAAGCUGUGGUAAAGUUCACUGGGUUUUGCUGUAAACCAGGUUUGUUUUUUUUUGUAUUAGUCAAGUAUUUUGUUCACUUGGUGACAAUUUUUUUGAGAGUUUUGAGUUUAUAGCUGCAAUCACUAAAAUGGGUUCCACAUGUUUGAACAUAUUCUCUGGCAACAUAUCCAUCAUUGAAUGCCAGUCAUAAUCUUAAAUUGCACAGCUGCAAGGUCUGACAAGGUACGGAUUCAGGGGUCACUUUGUUCUGUUUAGACUUGUUUGCAAGUGUGUAAGUAAAUUGCUGAUGGUACUGACAUAGGACAAAGGGAAGUUAAGCAAAAACAAACUGACAUUUGCCACUCCAUAACAGCUAAGCUGUUUGAACUGUUAUGGAUCAAGGUCUGAAUUGUUUGCAUCAUAUGUCUAUUUCAAAUAAGUCUCUUCAAUUAAGAUUUUAUUUUCAUGGAGUAGGUGCAGAUCUGUGCACAACUAUAUUAAAUGAUUUUUGACAGGACCAUUUAAAAUGAACCUUGAUGCUGCUGUUUCACAGAGGGCCCAACCACUCGUAUUUUGGGCUUUUCCCAAUUACGUAUUUCAAUUCCACCUCAAACAUGGAUAAAUGUGUACUUGCUUUUACCUUUUUAAAAACUUCCCACAAUUUUGAACCAUGAAAUCUUUUACAUCUUGAUCUAGUGCUUUUUUUUUUGAUAGUUAAACUCAGUAAUUCCCAAAGGGAGAGGACUUCGAUAUUAACAUCGAACAGUUUUGAAGAAGAACUUUUCUUCUCUGGAUAAGCACGUGAGCUAUUGACAGUAGCUUUGUGGGAGAAUGCACUGCAAAGAAAAAAGCCAGCAGUUAGCCAACCUGGACUGGGUACAAGUGAUUGGUGUCUGAUAACCAGUUGAUGGCCUUUCUUGUUUGGGAGGAGGCUUGGAGCAUUGAGCUAAUUAUCAGUAAGAGACCUUGUUUCUCCUAAGGCAUUUUUUAAAAUAUUCAACUUUUCAGUGCAGACAGUUAUAUUUGGAACAGUUUCUCAUCUCUAUAAAAGCAAAAUUUGCAUGUUCUACAUACUACACUAAUCAAUUUGUUAGUAACAAAUAGGCCUUUUCAGUAAGUGUUCUAUCUAAAUUUAAUUUCAAUAUCUCAUUUGUAAUCCAGUUUGUACCUACCAGCUAUUGCAAUUGGUAAAGUGGUGGCUGUUAAGCUGUCGUGGAGGAAAAUGCUGCAGUUUUUAAAAGUGAAACUGAAGACUGAAGCAUCACUUUUUGUCUUGUCAUUUAUCAUAUUUUUCACCACACUGUAACCAUGGUCAGUGCUAAAACUGUGCACUAGAAACCUGAAUUAUGUUUUAAAUAAACAAUGUUAAAUUAGGACUGCAAUACUUUGAAACGAUUCAUAAAAAAUUGUACUGCUGAAAUAAAAUUACGUCUCAAUUGUU